AAGUAUGAUGUGUCCUUGCACUUCAAGAUGAAACUGAAGGAGAAAUGGAAGGACGCCCGGGGGAUGUUCGACACCGGGAACCGGGCCGGAUCCCUUAUUCUGUGUGACACCGUCUUUAGUCUGGGUUACCGUCACGAAGACAUCGACUUUAGCCGCAUGAUGGCCCUAGAAGUCGUCGGUGGCCACCGAACCGACACCGUGGGAGUAAUCAAGUUAGCGUACUGCUACUCCAAGGGGUCGGAGACACUUGAGGGCGACUUCCAUAUCCUGAUGAAGGUGAUAAAGGAUUACGACGUGCUCAUCGCCCCUCCAGACCAACCUCGCUACCCGGGGGAGGUACCGCCCGUUGCGGCGACGAUUGGGGCGAAGCGUGAGCUAACUGGUGGUGGGUACUCUAUUUUUUCCUUCCAACAUCUUCGCAGAAGUAGAUGGUUCCAGCUAACUUUGGAGGUGGGACAGAGGAGAAGACAGAAUGGAAGAAAAAGGUACUCAAGGCGGAGAAACGGGCGCAGAAAGCACAGGAGGAGAAGGACAAAAGGAAGGAGGCAGAGAGGGCCAAGAAGAAGGAGGCCGACAAGAAGAAGCACCACAAGUAGCGCCCGGCUCUGAGAUUUGGCACUGUUAUGCGAAGCUGACCGGAUUUUGUCAUGCGUGAAGGGAGAGAGCAUGCUGUGGUAGAUUAGAAACCUGUCGUGUAAUUAUUGCCAGCAUGUUGUUUAUUUGGGAGAUGGAAUAUUUGGCAUUGAUACCUUGAAUAACGGCGCCUAGGAACUGCUAUAUUACUCUCCAGUC